AUACGCUCCUCUCUAUUUCUUCUUCUUCUUCUCCAAGCAACCCCCCCCCUCUCUGUAUCAGUCUCAGCUUGCUCUGUGAUUCAGUAGCGAUCGAAAAUGCAUUCCAAUCAUCUUCUUCUCGAGGAGCCGAUUAGGAUGGCUUCGAUUCUCGAGCCCUCCAAGGCGAGCUAUUUUCCUGCAAUGACGAAGAUUGUGGGGACGCUGGGGCCGAAAUCGCGAUCUAUUGAGGUCAUCUCGGCUUGCCUUAAAGCUGGAAUGUCUGUGGCCCGAUUCGAUUUCUCGUGGGGUGACCCGGAUCAUCACCAGGAUACUUUGGACAAUCUCAAGGUGGCUGUUAAGAGCACUAAGAAGCUCUGCGCGGUUAUGUUGGACACUGUGGGUCCAGAGUUGCAGGUUGUCAACAGAGGUGAGAGGAUCAUUGAGCUUAAGGGAGAUGGUUUGGUUAUCCUGACCCCUGAUCAGGGACAAGAACCAUCUUCGGAGCUUCUGCCCAUCAAUUUCGAUGGACUGUCAAAGGUUGUGAAGAAGGGAGAUACUGUUUUCAUCGGUCAGUAUCUAUUCACUGGAAGUGAAACUACUUCUGCAUGGUUGGAGGUUUCUGAAGUGAAAGGAGAAGAUGUCGUUUGUGUAGUAAAGAAUUCUGCAACAUUGGCUGGUUCUUUGUUCACUCUGCAUAUCUCUGAAGUUCAUAUUGACUUGCCUACGCUCUCUGAUAAAGAUAAGCAGGUUAUCAGUAGUUGGGGACUUCAAAACAAAAUUGAUUUCCUCUCGCUGUCAUAUACCCGACAUGCGGAAGAUGUUCGCCAAGCCCGUGAGUUCCUUUCUAAGUUGGGUGACCUCAGUCAGACACAAAUUUUUGCCAAGAUUGAAAAUGUGGAGGGCUUAACCCAUUUUGAUGAGAUUCUGCAAGAAGCUGAUGGUAUUAUCCUAUCUCGUGGAAAUUUGGGCAUUGACUUGCCUCCUGAGAAGGUGUUUUUGUUUCAAAAAGAAGCCCUUUACAAGUGUAAUAUGGCUGGAAAGCCAGCAGUUGUUACUCGUGUUGUAGACAGUAUGACCGACAACUUGAGGCCAACUCGUGCAGAAGCAACUGAUGUUGCCAAUGCUGUUUUAGACGGAAGUGAUGCAAUUCUUUUAGGUGCUGAGACUCUGCGUGGGUUGUACCCUGUUGAUACCAUCUCUACAAUUGGUAAAAUAUGCUCUGAGGCAGAGAAGGUCUUCAAUCAGGACUUAUAUUUUAAGAGGACUGUCAAGUAUGUUGGAGAGCCAAUGACACACUUGGAAUCUAUUGCAUCCUCUGCGGUUCGGGCAGCCAUAAAGGUGAAGGCAUCGGUUAUUAUUUGCUUUACUUCUUCAGGAAGGGCAGCAAGGUUGAUUGCUAAGUACCGACCCACAAUGCCAGUUCUUUCAGUCGUCAUCCCUCGGCUCAAGACAAAUCAACUGAAAUGGAGCUUUACUGGAGCCUUUGAGGCAAGGCAAUCACUCAUAGUUAGGGGUCUGUACCCUAUGCUUGCUGAUCCUCGACACCCUGCGGAGACUACCAGUUCAACAAACGAGUCAGUUCUAAAGGUUGCUCUUGAUCAUGGUAAGGCAUCAGGAGUUAUAAAGUCGCAUGACCGAGUAGUUAUUUGCCAGAAAAUCGGGGAUGCCUCUGUUGUCAAGAUUAUUGAGCUCGAAGAUUAGAAGCCUUCUUACCCUAUAAUCUCUUCUUUUUGUAACUUUUGGGGGGAGUGAACUGAUCCCUUGUUACUUGCAAGGUUUACAUCUGCGGGUUUUGGGGACUUGCAUGUUGAUUUCACUUCUAUCAGUCUAUGAAGGGUUGCACACUUGAGGCAACUAUAGUCAUUGAUCUAAAGGUCUAUGUUGUCCAUGACCCCAUUUUGUGUUUACAUAUCAUAGCCAGUCAAGUCUCCAAUAAAGAUUAUGCCUUUUGUGA